AUGUCAAAUCUCAGAUGCCUGGUUGUGGGCGCCUCAAUCGCCGGCCCAGCAACAGCUUACUGGCUCGCCAAAACAGGCGCCAAAGUCACUGUCAUUGAACGGUUCCCCCAACUCCGAACCAAUGGUCAAAAUGUCGACAUCCGAACCACAGGGGUCUCGGUCAUGCGAAUGAUACCGGGAAUGGAAGAAGCCGUACGAGCCAAUCUCCAACCAAUGCAUGGCUUCAGUCUCGUCCGUGACGACGGCUACUCUUACGGAACCAUGAAGCCCUCCGGGGAUCCUAAUCGACAAUCUUUGAUAUCAGAGUAUGAGAUCCUUCGCGGCGAUCUGUCCCGCAUUCUGUACGACAUGACCAAGGACCACAAAUCGAUCAACUACAUCUUCGGAGAACAGGUUACUUCUAUACAGCAACCUGAGAUCAGCGAUGGACCCGUGCGAGUCGAGUUCAUGAACGGAACCCCCUCGGCGGAAUACGAUCUCAUCGUCGCAUGUGAUGGUGCGACCUCAAGAACUCGAGCGAUUGGUCUCGGCUGCGGUAAGCGCGAUUACGUUCACUCCAUGAACGCCUGGGCCACGUUUUUCUCCGUCAAGGAGGACCUAUUGGGCGGGAGUUCGAUAGGCCACGCCUAUAGUUCCGUCAAUGGUCGUGUCACGGGAGUCGGACCCAGUCAAUCCGGCGGCAACCUCAUCACGAUGAUGGGAGUCAGUCCGAACGACGCGGAGAAUGGCCCCAUGACCCAGUUCCGCGAGGCGAACAAGCUCGGCACCGACGCACUGAAAACUUUCGUGGCACAGCAGUUCCAAGGAGCGGGGUGGAGAUGCGACGAGAUUGUCCAGAGCAUGAUGAAGGCCGAGGACUUUUACGGCAGUGAGUGGGUGCAAGUGAAACCACCAACCUUGUCCAAGGGACGCUUCGUGAUGGUUGGCGACGCCGGCUACGCCCCUGGUCCAACGGGCACCGGGACGAGCCUGGCGUUGACCGGAGCCUAUCUGCUCGCAGGCGAGGUGGGAAAACAUGGUGGUGAUCUCACAGCUGCAUUGAGGGGAUAUGAGGGGCAGAUCCGGCCACUUAUCGAAACGAUGCAGAAGGUCCCGCCCCUUUUCCCGGGAAUGUUUGCGCCCCAGACUGCGUGGGGGAUCUGGGUGAGGAAUACGAUCUUUGGGUUUGUUUGUUGGAGUCGUCUCCCCUCGCUGUUGAAUGUGCUUUUUGGCGCUGCGUCGGCAAGCUCGGACGAGUACAAGUUGCCGGAAUAUCGAUGGGUGAAUUAG